GUGUCAGGGGCUCCGCUGUGGGCUCAGCGCUGCCCCCCCCGGGGGGGGGUCGGGGCGCAGGCUGCUAUCGAGCUUUCUUCCCUCCCGCUUCCCUCAGAGGUCCAGCGCAGCGACUGGGUAACCUGCCGUGCUAGCCUGCGACCUCUGCGCUACCUGAGCCAAUGCUAGAUCUGGAGGUGGUGCCUGAGCGUUCUCUGGGGAACGAGCAAUGGGAGUUCACCUUGGGAAUGCCGUUGGCUCAGGCUGUAGCAAUCCUUCAGAAACACUGUCGCAUUAUCAAAAACAUCCAGGUUCUCUACAGUGAGCAGUCACCUCUUAGCCAUGACCUGAUCCUUAACCUGACUCAGGAUGGAAUCAAACUGCUGUUUGAUGCUUUCAAUCAGAGACUUAAGGUGAUUGAAGUUUACGACUUGACUAAGGUGAAGUUAAAAUAUUGUGGUGUCCAUUUUAACUCUCAGGCAAUUGCUCCAACCAUAGAACAAAUUGAUCAGUCAUUUGGAGCAACACAUCCAGGAGUGUAUAAUUCAGCUGAGCAGCUCUUUCACCUCAAUUUCAGAGGACUGUCGUUUUCUUUUCAGUUAGACUCCUGGACUGAAACUCCAAAGUAUGAGCCUAACUUUGCUCAUGGUCUGGCCUCUCUCCAAAUUCCACAUGGUGCAACUGUGAAACGCAUGUACAUCUACAAUGGAAACAGUCUGCAGGACACCAAGGCUCCCUUGAUGCCUCUCAGCUGUUUCCUUGGUAAUGUGUAUGCUGAGAACGUUGAUGUUCUGAGAGAUGGAACUGGACCCUCAGGUUUACGGCUUCACCUACUCACUGCAGGCUGUGGCCCGAGUGUUUUAGCUGAUGCCAAGAUGCGGGUAUUUGAGCGUUGUGUGUACUUCGGCGAUUCAUGCCAGGACGUGCUGAGCACCUUGGGGUCUCCCCACAAAGUCUUCUACAAGUCUGAAGAUAAGAUGAAAAUCCAUUCACCCUCGCCCCAUAAGCAGGUCCCAUCAAAGUGCAAUGACUACUUCUUCAAUUAUUGCACACUUGGAGUGGAUAUUCUCUUUGAUGCAAACACUCACAAGGUGAAGAAAUUUGUUCUGCAUACAAAUUAUCCUGGUCAUUACAACUUUAACAUUUACCAUCGCUGUGAAUUCAAGAUUCCACUAGUCAUUAAGCAAGAUGGUGCUGAUUCACAGACAGAAACAUGUACAACAUACAGCAAGUGGGACAGUAUUCAGGAUCUUCUGGGGCACCCUGUAGAGAAGCCGGUGGUACUUCACAGGUCAUCAUCUCCAAACAACACUAACCCAUUUGGGUCAACCUUUUGCUUUGGACUGCAACGAAUGAUCUUUGAGGUGAUGCAGAAUAAUCACAUAGCUUCUGUUACUUUGUAUGGCCCAACGCGGCCCAGCAGCCAGUUGAGAACAUUGGACCUUCCCCAGUGAGCAUCCCCUACAAAGUCAGCUAAUCUCAAUGCUACGAAAUUAGUACAGCGUGCCUUGAUUUGCUGCCACUUAUAAUAUGGAAAGCAUGUUAUGAUUUAGUUUUUUCAGUAAGCCUUUCCACCCAGGAACGGUGUGGAGGGGAAAUUCUCUCAACCAUUCAUCAUGGGGCAUGGAACUGUUGAUGGAGGAAAGCAGCUUAGGUGCCUGUGCCGUCGUUUAUUCCUCUCCGUUGCCCUCAUCCUGUGCAGCACAGACCCAAAGAGACUGUCCUUCUUUCUCAGCUGGCAGAAGGUGGAAAUGGAAGAGGGGCACGUAAUGACUGCGAGAGUUAAAAGCACAAACUUUCUGAGCCUUGGAGCAUCUGGAAGCAGGUAUUGAUUUUAGUCUGUGUUAUUGUAUUGAUGUGGUGGUUACAUUUUAAGAAAACGUGUGUGUGUGUGUGUGUGUGUAUCUAUAAACACAUCAGUAUUUCUGUGGCUUAGGACAUUGUACCAAGUGUGACAAGAAUGUAUAUAUGUCCAUGAUUUCAGGCACCACAUCUUUGUGUAACUUUAGACCAAGCAAGUAGCACGUGCAUAAUACUUGGUUGUAAUAUUUGCACUACAUACACUUUAAUUACUUGAUAAACGUUUUAUCUUUACUGAGGAGCAUCUGUGUACUGGGUGUAAGUGGGGUGAUGGUUAUUUAAUGUACGCUGCGCAUAAAGCUUAUUUAUACAGUGGAUCGAAUUUAUCCACCUUCCUGCACUAAUAUGUACUUGAUAUGCUGAAACAAUUUUUUUUCUCCCAUGGCUGGUUUACUAAUUUUUUUUCAUAUGCAGUUUCAGAAACAAUAACAAUAAAUUCUGGAAGAGGUUAUUUCUAUGAUUGAAUUAUGUUUUAGUGAAAAGAUUUAAUACAAUUUUUCAUACUAGGGAAAAAUUUAAUGAAGAAAGUGUUGCCUGUUCCAAAAUCCCUUAUUCUGUUCUGUUUCCUUAGAGAAAGAACAGCUGUAUAUAAUGGUAUCUCAGAAGGAAAUUCCCGAGCUCUGCCAUCACCAGGAAAACCUUUUCUGUAACUUUUGAUGUAUGACUUUAAUUUAUGCCAAAGGUUUAGCCAAAGACAUCCUUUAUUGUAGUUUCACUAUUUCUGUACAUAGAUGCUAACUGCACACCCCACCCCAGCAGACAGGAUAUAGGCUUCUUUCUAGUUGGGAGAUGC